UAUUUGGUAGGGUUUUAUUCAUCCAACAAAGGUCUGAAGCUUCCAUUGUAAUCGCGAGAGAUGUGGACGUUGACAGCGAAUUUUCAGCACUGUUCGAGCUCCCCCAUUCCUUCCAUUUCCACAACCUCGCGUUCUUCGUAUUCUCGAGCUAGUCCCAAGCCGACGCUCAUUUGUUCUUCCUUACAAACUCAGGUUGAGACUCUUAAUGGAACCUUGGACGGGAGGCUCUCUGAGAGAACCGAGAUUCGAUUUGGGUUGCCCAGUAAAGGUCGCAUGGCAUCCGACACUCUUGAUCUUCUCAAGGACUGUCAAUUGUCUGUAAAACAAGUCAAUCCUCGGCAGUAUGUUGCAAAGAUUCCGCAGAUAUCGGGCUUGGAAGUCUGGUUCCAAAGGCCUAAAGACAUCGUUCGGAAAUUGUUAUCUGGAGAUCUAGACCUCGGCAUUGUGGGACUCGAUACAGUGAGCGAAUAUGGACAAGGUAGUGAAGAUCUUAUCAUCGUUCAUGAGGCCCUUGAAUAUGGGGAUUGCCGAUUAUCGCUUGCCAUACCCAAAUACGGCAUUUUCGAGAACAUCAAUUCGAUCCGGGAUCUAUCUCAGAUGCCCCACUGGACCGAGGAGAAGCCUCUUCGAGUUGCUACUGGCUUUACUCAUCUUGGCCCCAAAUUUUUUAGAGAAAAUGGGUUGGAACACGUGAGUUUUUCAACGGCUGAUGGAGCAUUAGAAGCUGCCCCAGCGAUGGGGAUAGCUGAUGCUAUUUUGGACCUUGUAAGCAGUGGGACUACUCUGAAAGAAAACAACUUGAAAGAAAUUGAAGGUGGAGUGGUUUUGGAAAGCCAGGCUGUUCUUCUUGCCAGCCGAAAGUCCUUGAUUCAAAGAAAAGGUGCUCUAGACACAACCCAUGAGAUUCUUGAAAGACUGGAAGCACAUCUUAAGGCUGUCGAUCAGUUCGCGGUGACUGCAAAUAUGAGAGGAAACAGUGAACAAGAGGUUGUGGAGCGCGUUUUAAGUCAAGCAUCAUUGGCCGGGUUGCAGGGCCCUACUAUAAGUCCAGUUUUUUGCAAACGUGAUGGGAAGGCAGUAGCUGAUUACUAUGCCAUUGUCAUAUGUGUCCCCAAGAAGCUCCUCUACAAGUCGGUUAAGCAACUGAGAGCAAUUGGAGGAAGCGGGGUUCUAAUAUCUCCGCUAACGUACAUUUUCGACGAAGAAACUCCGAGAUGGAAUCAACUUCUCAAAGAACUGGGGCUAUAGUGAGUAGAAUGGUAUAUUGAGUGAUUGAGUUUGUAGAAGGCAUCCUGUUUUUGGCGACCCUAGAAAGAGUACCUUCCACUUCCUCUUCCUCCCAUAGAUCCACCAAAACUUGCAGUCAUUUAUGUGUAAUCCUGUUUUUGUGUCAUUUGCCUUCUCUUAGACGUUUUGCCCUCACAAAUGUGCUGUGUAGGCUUCAUUGAGGAUUGUGUUUUUAUUUCAUUUUUGAGUACAUAUGGGCAAUUUUGAUAU